AUGUGCAAAUGGACGGCGGCCGUUGCUGCUCACUGCGCCGACCUCAGCUCUAUCGGCUCAGACCGUAUCAGGCUACCUCUUCUGCCCGGUGCUCUCCCUGUGCGCCUUGCAUGCAUCUCCUUACUCUUCUUUCUGGCCAGUGCAGCUCUUGCAGGAUGCCCGGCAGGACUGGGUCAUGACCCUCUGCACAUGCUGGCGAGGAGCACAAACUGCUCAUGGACUCUGGAACGCCACACACGCAGUUACAACCACCUGGAGGGUGACGUGCGGCUACGACGCCUGUAUUCUGCCAACAAGUUCUUCCUCUGCAUCGACAAGACAGGCAAGGUGGACGGCACACGGCGCAAAAACUAUCCUGACAGUCUGAUGGAAAUUCGAUCUGUUAGUGUGGGAGUUGUCGCCAUCAAAUCUGUCAGCACCGGCCUGUACUUAGCUAUGUCCAAAAAAGGCACACUGUUUGGAUCGGUAAGAUAUAGCCCAAGCUGCAAGUUUAAGGAGCGCAUUGAGGAGAAUGGCUACAACACAUACGCGUCCUUGCGCUGGAAGCAUGGCGGGAGACAGAUGUUUGUGUCACUGAAUGGUCGAGGGAAACCGCGGAGGGGCCAUAAAGCUAGACGGCGACACCCUUCCACUCACUUCCUCCCAAUGCUCCCAACAUAACUGCAAUCUCUAAUUAGCUUUUUAUUAUUAUUAUUAAUGUCAUACACAUAUAUAGCUGUAUAUGUAUGCUUGCAGAGGAUUCUUUCUACAUCUUUUUUUUGCAUUGUCACAUAGUAUAUUAACUUAUUCUUCCAUCCCUGUUAGCUUAAAGCCUAAUAAAGCUGUUGUAAGGUGUUUAAUAUUAUACAUAAGCAAUUACCUGCCAUAUUUACAGUAUGUUCUUGCUGGAGACACUAAGCAUUUACAACAUCUCUAACCAGCUGUUGUAAAAUACAUUAUCAUAUUUACGUCACGGCAAUAGACUAGUAGUUAACAUUUUAGAAACAAAACAUCCUCAAACACAUUUUUCUUAGAUAUAAUGGAAAGAUAUUUGCAUUGUAACAUUUGUGUCUUCAGUUUUGACAAAAACACAUUUUCCACGUCCCUAAAAAAAAAAAAGAAAAGAAAAAAAAAAAAAGAUUUUGUGUUCACUCAGAUGUGUAUUUUUUUGUCAGGUAUAUAAAUACAAGUCCAAGUGCUUCUAACAUCUUUGCUGCAAUCAAACUACACUUAGAUUACAUAGAACCCUAAGGGGUUAUCAAGUUUGUGCCUUUGAGGGAACCCUUAACAGUUAUAUGUAGAACCCUAAAACUGAGGUUUCCAUUUCAGCUGACAAAAGUAUUUGAAAAUGAAUUUGGAUAUUUGAAUUAUCACAUUAAAUAAAAUUCCACAUUUUUCUGCUGUGUAUUUAAUAUAAUUAAAUUUUUGCCAAUGUUGUUUUUCUUUGUUUUGAACUUGUUAAGGGUAGGAUUUCCAUUUAAAACCAUAUAAUUCAAAGUGACUUGUUAUGGUUUUGAGAUUUUAUUUUUUAUUUUUUGUAAAAUGGGCCAAAUGUGAAGCAUACUGGAUUCCAAGGUAGUGGUCAAGUCAGUCACGCUUGCACCAUGACCAAGCACCUCAAAAAUGCUCCACAGACGUAGCUAAAUUCCUGUUAAGCAGCUCGCUUUGCCAGCAAGCUAACAUUACUAGGCAGAUCAUUAGCUACAACAGGGGCAUUACCUGGGCUGUUAAUCAUCCAGGGCUGAGCCUAGAUUCUUCUCCAUCAAAAAACAUUUAAAAAUGUACUUUUAAAUAGACUGUUUCCAUGCAUUUUUUCUUGCAUGUGAAGGCUAACUGCUUAAAAAAUGUGAAAAUUAUCAUAAAACUUGCCUCAGGUGUUAUCACUGUUUGCAAGACUACGAGACCGAUAAAAUAUAAAAGUUUUUACCUGUCUAACAUGAACUAUGAUUGCAUGGGUUUUGCUGCUACAGUGCCAUGCAAAGUGAAAGUGCAUUAGCUGUCCUUAUGCUCUGCCCAUAUCAUGUUCAAGUAAACUGGAACUCAUAUAGACAUUUACAAGCCUUGUUAUCCUGCUCAGAAUCAGAGUAUGUUAGUGUUUCAGUUUCAGUUUGGUAGACAAAAUACAACACUCUGUUCACUGAAGAUACAAAAUUACAACACUGCCAUCUUCUUUUACUGACGUUCAGUUACACUGUGGCAAACCACUCCAAGUGGAGAAUUAUUCGUGGCUAAAAAACAGCCUUGAAUGCCCGGGCCAGGUUAUGCCCAAGGCUACAUAGCUAAACUGGGUAUUGAGUGUUUAACAUCACUGUAGAAAGAACUAGCUAUUUUAACAGAAUAUAAAACUUUUUCAUUCGUUUAAUGACUGAUCUACUUUUCUCUGGAUGAUUCACAUUUGGCCCAAUUUAUAUAAACUUUUUACUUAAUAACUUUAUUUAUAUAAAUUUUAUAUAAAGUUUUUAAUUUUUGAGAUUUGCAUCAAGGUUUUGAUUUUUUUUUUAUCUGAAAAAGGUAAACCUGCAGUUUCAUAUGAUGUGUUUUUAAAGGAAAAUCUUACUCAAGUUCAAAAAAAAGAAAAAACAUUUAGUAAAUUUCCUAAAUCCUAAAAUUUUUUCAUGUUUAAUAUGAUGUGUUUAUAUUUCAAAUAUACAAAAUUCAUCUUCAAAUACUUCAGUCAGCUUCCAAGCUACAUAUUUACAAGAAUUAUUUUAGAGUGCUAGAAUUGUUAAUCAUCCAAAAAGCCCUAGAGGAACCUUUUUUUUUUUUUUUUUUUUUUUAAAUACUGUAGAGUUAUAUCAGGACUAACCACAAAACACUAGAUCAGGAGUUUAUAACUCUGUAAUGUCAAAUUUUCUCUUCUGUAACACACCUCAUUCAGCUGAUCUGGACUGAUAAUGAGAUAAUGAGCUGGAACAGGUGUUUUAGGAGCAGGAAAAACACUAAUUAGUACUGUGUUAUAUUCACUGUCAACUUUUCUCAAAGGACUCUUGCUGGAAUGAUGGAGGUCAGACUCAAACACUCCUUCAAACCUCCACACACAAUUGAUCAUCCAUUAGAACAAUGGACUGGAUUGACAGCUUGUAUACUGGACUAUUUCUCUAUAUAACACUUUGUAUUAUUCGUGUUUAAAUCACACUAACAUUUCCCCCACAACCUGUUGCAAAUGCUGCAUUUCAUAUGUUUCAACCUUACACAUUCUUGAGUUUAGAGGUGGUGUUCCUGUCAAUCGUUUGUCUUUCCAAACUGUUGGCCUGGUACAUGAAUUACUGACUUCAUGCCGUAAACCACAAUGUGCUGAUCGGACAGCUAAUGCUGAACAUCAUAUGACUGGCAGAGAGAGGAAAUCUAAAGCCAUUGGCUGAAUUCUAGCUGUUCUAAUAAAGUAUUUAUAUGCUGGAGUGCAAACAGAACCCUGCUCACAGCUGUUAAUGUUACCUGGCCUCUACAGGCUUUAGAGAGUUGUGUUUGUCUAAUGCUUAAAAAAAUAGAUUUCUUGAAUAAUAAUAAUAAUAAUAAUAAUAAUAAUAAUAAAAAAAUCCAACAAAUGAUAC